CAGCUCGAACGCACCUAACCCACCCUCUCUCCCUCUCUCUCUCUCUCUAUAAAUACACCACAUAUUUUCUCUCUCAUUUCACAACAAAGAAUUAAUUCAGAUAGAUCUAGUUACCAACUUUAGUAGAAUAUUUUGGUACAAAAGCCUAGCUUGGCCUUCUAUGCUGAUCACCAUGGCUAUCUCUAAGGCUGUGAUUGCUUCACUUCUCGUUUCUCUUCUCAUCUUCCAUCUUGUUGAAGCUGAUAAUCAUGAAAUGGCGUCCGGGCGCAACGAAGGCGGCGUAGCUCGCUCUCUCCUCGAGAAAAUAGAUUGUGCGGCGGCGUGCAACGGGAGGUGUAGGCUAUCGUCGAGGCCGAGACUGUGCAAGAGGGCAUGCGGAACAUGCUGUCAGCGUUGCAACUGCGUGCCACCAGGCACUUCCGGUAACACAGAGGUUUGUCCAUGUUAUGCUAGCUUGACCACCCACGGUGGCCGGAAGAAGUGCCCGUGAAUAAUUUCACCAAACACGGUGGUGGCUGCGAGGCGGCGGAGGUGGUGGGUGAAUCUUGGAUAGAUAUAUCUAUAUAUGGCUAGUCCUACCCGUGUUAAGUAUUUUGCCAUAAGAGGAGGUUGAUAAUUAAAUAAAGAUGUCUCUGUAUGGCAGCAAUGAAAUACGAGAUUCAUUUAAUUUUAUGUAAUUUCCAUUUUACUCGUGUGGGCUUGUUGAAGGGAAAUGUUUAUUGACAAUAAAUAAAGUACUUUAAAUA